AGGUGACGCCCUGGUGGUGGGUAACAUCACUACAUUAUGCAAAGUGUGGCGCGGCCCAGUUCCGCCGGCUUGCGUUCUGCCUUCAGCGAGGGGAACUUGGCUGAUUCCGACAUGUACGGCGCCGGGGUGGAGGGUCUUCGAGGGAUGGGAGGGUCAGCGCCUUGGCUAGUGGACAACCGCGGUUCUAGACUCAACGCCGCGCAGAACAAGUAUAUGCAAUCCAACUCCUCGAUAUUCGCCGAUGACAGCGGUCACCAUGCUAUCAAGGCCCAAAGAAGUCGUCAGGUGAUGAAGGACUUGCAACAACAGAUGGCCGAGCGGGAGGAGGCCAAGCGCUGGGCGAAGGCUGAGGAGGACCGACUCUUUGCCGCCAUGGACAUCCCCACCACUUCGAACCCCAGACCAGGUCGCGUACACGUUCAGGACACGGCGGCUACAGUGAACGAUAAGGGGGCAGGCUAUGGUGGCUAUGGAGGCUAUGGCGGCUAUGGUGGCAAUGACUUUGGCUAUGGUGCCGACUAUGGUGGUGGUGGUGGUGGUUAUGGUGGAGGUGGUGGUGGUUAUGGUGGAGGUGGUGGUGGUUAUGGUGGAGGUGGUGGUGGUGGAUAUGGUGGUGAUUAUGCGCCUUCAGGGUAUGGUGACUAUGGGGUGCCUCGUCGUGCGCCUCGCCCCCACGUCUCUAUGACAUCAGACGAGGUGGACAUUAUGAGGGCUCAGGCCGCGGAACAGCACCAAGGCGAACUCCAAUGGCAGGUCCAUCUCAAAAGGCAACUGGAGGAGGAGAGGAGGCAGAAGGAGGCGCUGGAGGACAGGCUGGUGGAGGAGACGGCGAGGAGGCAGCAGGAGAGGAUGCAGCUGGAGUACCAGGCGGAGUUGGACAUGAGGAGGCGGAAGGAGGAGGAGCAAGCCAGGCGGAUAGAGGCCCAGCUGCGUCAGAUGGAGAUGGUUAACCAGCGCGUUGAGGCGGAGAAGCAGGACAGGAUAGAAAGGGCGCGGAAGCUGGCGGACUUGACGGAGCGCUCCACACCCAUGCCUGACAGAGUGGACCAGGGCAGGGACGCCAGGGUGAUCAAACCAACAGGGGCGGACAAGGAUGAUGGGUUUGGCUUCGACGCCCUCAAGUCCGACGCGGCUUUCCAGGCGGCGCAGAAACCCAACAAGUUCUUUGACAACUCCACCCUGCCCACCAAGAUGUCCACCAACAAUGACAUUCGGAAGAGACCUAAGCCGCUCGACCACGCCCCCGACCAUGCUCCCAGGAAGGCGAGCAACCGCUCCCCGGCGCUCCGCAGACAAGUACACAACAGACCAAGGACCACGCUGGCCAUUGGGGGCAUGAUGGACUUCCCCGGGCCCCCGCCAGCGCCAGGACCCCCGCCCCAGUACCACCCCGGACCCACCAGCCUCGCAGUGCCCGAGCCCCGGUUUGGCGCCCCCCACCCCCCCGCCCCCCAGGCUCAUACGGACUUUGGCGAUGGGUGGCCGCCUCCUAGACCACAACAACAACAACAACAACAACAACAACAGCAACAGUUCCUACAGGCCCCUGGAGGUGUAGGAUCCCGGCGUCCUGCGAGUCUGCCGGAGGACUUUAAGAUCCGCCUUGAGGAACCCAGCGAGGAGGAGAAGCAGAGGUGGCAGAAGGCGUCACAUCAGGAGCUUGAACAAUUUGAGGCGCAGAACACAGACGUUAUGAGCCAGUUAACAGCCAUGAAGACCAACCUCAAGGCGAGAGGAGAGGAAAGAGGAGGAGGAGGAGGAGGAGGAGGAGGAGGUGGAGGUGACUAUGGAUAUGUCCCCUCCCAGCCUGGGGACCCCUCGCGGCAGGGAGCGGCGCCCCCCAACCCCCCCACCGUGCCUGCAGGAUCUGGGAAGGAUGUGGACUUCAUAUUACUUUUUUCAGAUAAGUUCAACCCCAACGAAACCUCAAGGACGAUACUGAGGAAUUUUUUGGAGAGGAAAAACAAGAAAUAGUGAAGAACAAACAAAAUAUACACACACACACACACAAAAAAAAAUAGUGAUA